AUGUCUCUCUGCAGCACCACGACAGCUGUCCCAGAUGAUAAAAACGUCAACACAUUCAACAAAGCGUUGCGAGAGGAGCGACUGUUAUUUGGUUCUCAGAAGGCCAAUCGCUCCGUGCCAAGGAGCAGUAUGAAGAGUACAUCCCAUAAGUCUUGGCGAAGUCGUUUGUUAUCUACGGAGAGGAGAGAAAAUGGCUUCUCUGUUGCAACCACAGUCUCACAAGUGCAUUCUGCCUUUCCUUCACGAGCUGAAGUGUCGUCUAAACUCGGCUUCAAUGCAUUGAAGGCGGUUGAAAGGAAGCAGCACAGUUCGGCGAGAGUUUCUUCCCAUGAAGUUCCUAUCUCCUGUGGUCCUAAAGAGGGCCGAAUACCAGAUACUUGUUCGAAUACCGAUUCGAACAAGGUCGCCGUGAAACGGCGUGACGUGAAACCUAAACCGCCACCUUUACCUGCAAAAAAAUCUCGGAUCUCGUCUUCACCCAUUAAUCUCCCUGUAUUUCCAAAGAAAAUUUCUGAUCCUUGUUCCUCCAAUCCAGAAACUGCCACAAGUGGUGCUCUCGAUGGAAUAUCCCAACCUACUGAACAGCAGUUGCCAACCAAUACUAAAAAAAAUCUCUGUGGGUCGGACACAAGCUCAACAUCUUCGGUGGGAUGCUUGCAGCGAGAAAACUCGUCCUCCGGGUAUGUUUUGAACCAUAUCUCUUCCCUUUCAGUCUUUUUCUAUUGCUGCAUGAAAAAGGUGAAUGCUGUCUUGAUAAGAAUAUUGUGA